AUGGAGAUCCAGGACAGAGCAGAGCUCUGUUUUCCUCAGUUCCUCAACACCUCCUGCAGGAAGCCAACAUCUCACCGGUUUGAUGCUGUACUUCUGAUCGUUGUGCUGUCGUCCAUAUCUGUGCUCAUUGUUGUUCUCAACCUGCUCGUCAUCAUCUCAGUCUCUCACUUCAGGCAACUCCACACACCCACUAACAUCCUCCUGCUCUCUCUGGCUGUGUCUGACUUUCUUGUGGGCAUCGUGUUGAUGCCAUUAGAAAUCAUAAGACAAACAACCUGCUGGUUUCUUGGUGAUAUAAUGUGUUCUGUGCAUUCUUAUCUGUCCUGCAAUAUUGUAAUUGUUUCAAUCGGAAACAUAGUUCUCAUAUCAACUGAUCGAUACGUGGCUGUUUGUGACCCUCUGCAUUACCCCACUAAAUUUACCAUGACGAGAGUGAAACUGUGUAUUUGUCUGUGUUGGCUUUAUUCUGGUUUCUACAGCGGUGUCAUCAUACUUGAUGAUCUGAUGAACCCAGGUAAGUAUAAUUCCUGCUAUGGAGAAUGUGUGGUUGUCAUCACUUUUAUUGCAGGAAUUGUCGACCUUGUUUUCACAUUUCUUCUUCCAGUUUCUGUCAUCACAGUUCUGUAUGCUGCUAUAUUUGUGGUUGCUGUAUCUCAAGCUCGUGCUAUGCGCUCUCACAUCACAGCUGUGUCACUUCAGGUUUCUGUAAGUUUGACUACAAAGAAAUCUGAGUUGAAAGCAGCCAGGACUCUGGGUGUUCUCAUAAUUGUGUUUCUAAUAUGUUUCUGCCCCUUUUACUGUGUCCUCCUUGUAGGUGACAGCACUCCCUCUGCAUAUUUUGUUGCUUUUGUGUUUCAGUUUAACUCCUGUUUAAACCCACUGAUCUAUGCCCUGUUUUACCCCUGGUUUAGAAAAGCUAUUAAACUUAUCGUCACUCUGCAGAUUCUGCAGCCUGGCUCACGUGAGGCCAACAUACUGUAG